GGCUCCCAUAUCGAAGCCGACGCUCGUCCAGAGAACUACACAACGGCAGAACGGAUUUGACUAUCAACGGAAACGCCACGCGAUUAAGCAUUGAGCAAAAUUUCGAAAAAUUCCUCACGAUGAUGCCACCGCAGUGGAUGUUCUUGGCUAUUCUGGGAUUCGGCUUCGGCUGCCAGCAGAUCCUGGCCAAGACUUACUCCAGCGACUACCUAGAUCUUCUCGACCUGAACGACAACGAUGAAUUCCAAUGGGGCGCGUCCGAGAAUCAGCUACAAGGCAAUCACAGUGCGUUUAACUUUCUGUCACGACAUCGUCUCCAGAAGCGUCAGGCACCGGAUGGGGACAGUGAAGGUGGCUCCCAGUUGCUGGAGAACAAGGAUUACGGCCCCUGCAGUACACCGCUGGGCGAGUCGGGACGCUGCCGCCACAUCAUCUACUGUCGCAUGCCGGAGCUCAAGGACGACGUGUGGCGUCUGGUCUCUCAGUUGUGCAUCAUUGAAAAAAGUUCCAUUGGCAUUUGUUGCACUGAGCAGGCGAGCAACUCCCACCAAAGCCCGCAGGUUGUAUCUAAUCCCGACCAGGAGGAGCCCCGCAUUGUGAAUCGACCGGAGCAGCGGGGCUGUGGCAUCACCACAAGGCAGUUUCCAAGACUUUCGGGUGGACGGCCAGCCGAGCCAGACGAGUGGCCCUGGAUGGCGGCCCUGCUCAUCGAGGGCCAGCCCUUCGUGUGGUGCGGCGGAGUACUAAUAACAGAUCGCCACGUCCUUACCGCCGCCCAUUGCAUCCACAGAAAGAAAAAGGAGGAGAUAUUCGUGAGACUCGGGGAGUACAACACUCACCAGCUGAAUGAGACGCGUGCCAGGGAUUUCCGUAUUGCCACUAUGGUUAUCCACAUCGAUUACGAUCCGCUGACCUACGAGAAUGACAUUGCCCUCAUCAGGAUCGACCGGGCCACGCUGUUCAACACGUACAUCUGGCCAAUUUGCAUGCCGCCGGUUAGCGAGAACUGGGCUGGACGCAGUGCCAUUGUCACGGGCUGGGGCACUCAAAAACUGGGUGGGCCGCACUCCAACAUCCUCAUGGAGGUCAAUCUGCCCGUAUGGAAGCAGUCGGACUGCAGGGCUGCCAUGACACAACGUAUUUCGGAUACAGUACUUUGUGCCGGCCUGCCGGAGGGUGGUCAGGACUCCUGUCAGGGCGAUAGCGGCGGACCGCUGCUGGUGCAGCUGCCCAACCAGCGCUGGGUCACCAUCGGCAUCGUGUCGUGGGGCAACGGCUGUGGCGAGCCUCGUCAUCCCGGUGUCUACACGCGCGUCGAUCGGUACCUCGACUGGAUCCUGUCCAAUGCGGAUGUAUAGAUGCGAUUUAUGUACAUUGGCUUAGGUUUAGCAAAUGCUUUUAUAUUGUCUACAUACACUAAUUAACCUGAUAUCGAUGUCAAUACAACGAUGCAACCCCCAA